AAAAUUGAAAAAAACUGAAAAAAAGAUCAGAACUCAGAGGAAGAGGAGAAGAGGGCAAAAGCCACGAAAGAGCGCGUUGGCCUUCAGAAGAUCCAAUUCGAGCUUCUAUCGCUUUCCCGAAGAAAACGGCAGAACUGAGAUUGAAAUCUUCUGCGGAGCUUUGCUCUGGAUAUCCCUACAGAUUGAAUCGUGGCUUCUUCAGGUUCACAGAGCCUGUCUCGGAGGAAACCCUCAUCCUCUUCUUCCUCAUCACAAACCCCAGUUUCAAGGCCGACUCGGAUUGUUUAUAGAGGAUCAUUACCACCUUCUAACUCCGAUCUCCCUUUCUGGCAGCAGACCUGGUUCAUUAUCUUCCUCUUCUUCAUGGCCAUCUCCUUCUUUGCCCUAGCUAUUUUUCUCUACCUCGGUCUUGACUUGGAGAAUACCUCUCCUUCUCCCGCUUCAGCUGCUGUCUCUGAAGGUGUUGAGAUUACGUAUGGGACGGUGUUUAAGUUGAUGCACGAGAGGACGAAGUUCCGGCUGCAUUCACAUGAUGUGCCUUACGGCUCUGGCAGUGGACAACAGUCGGUUACUGGUUUUCCCAACGUUGAUGACUCGAAUAGUUACUGGAUCGUUAAGCCUUUGCCGGACUCGUCUGACAAACAAGGUGACAGAAUCAAAAGUGGAACUAUUAUCAGGUUGCAGCACAUGAGAACGCGGAAAUGGCUACACAGCCACCUGCACGCAUCGCCAAUAUCGGGCAACCUCGAGGUGAGCUGCUUUGGAGGAGAUGAUGCAUCUGAUACUGGCGAUUAUUGGAGGCUUGAGAUUGAGGGGAGUGGGAAAACAUGGAGACAAGACCAAAGGAUCAGGCUUCAGCAUGUGGACACUGGUGGAUAUCUACACAGUCAUGACAAGAAAUACCAAAGGAUUGCUGGAGGUCAACAAGAGGUUUGUGGUGUGCGAGAUAAACGUCCUGAUAAUGUUUGGUUGGCAGCAGAAGGUGUAUACCUCCCAGUCACUGAAACCAAGUAGACUUAGUCGCCCUGCUUUCGCUAGUGCCGAAAAACAGAUGGAGAGAUGACAGGUUAUGGUGGUGGGUACUGAAAGCAUAAUUCCAUGAGCAAAAGAAAAUAUGAUCAACAUUAUGUAACUGGCUAUCAACUGAUUCAUAUCAACCCUGGUAUUCAUCCCUGAGGGACUGAAGUGACCACUCACUAUGUAGAGUUCUAGCAAUUGCACCAAUCUUUGAGUAGAUUUUGUAGACGUGUAUGGUCUGUGUUUGAAUUUUAUAGCUUAUAUACUCCAUGUGUGUGUCUGUUUUCGGGAUAA